AUGCGCAGAACGGGGCCCGAGUUAAACUUUAACAGGUCUUGGGUAGAAUACCGUAAUGGGUUCGGCGACGUUGCUGGCGACCACUGGCUGGGAUUGGAGGCAUUUCAUCAUCUCACCAACCAGGGAAACUACUCCUUAAAGACAGAGGUCAGAGACGCGCUGACUGACUCUUAUUUCUGGGAUAUCCAUGCAAACUUCCUCAUUGGAACCGAAGACGAGAAAUACACUUUAAAGCUGAAACUAAAUGGUGUUGGAAACUUAUCUACAAACAGCACAGUUGACCCCUGGGAAAAGAACGUCAACGUGCAAUUCUCAACACAUGACCAGAAAAAUGACAACAAAUUGACAGGCAACUGUGCUGCUGUAAAUGGGGGCGGUUGGUGGUUUCACAAGUGCGGCGACAUUUCAUUCACUUCAAUCCUGGCAACAGAAUGUGUUCCGACCUGUUGGAAAGCGGCUAGACAUGCGGGGAUUCCGUUUGGAGUUCGCGGGUCUGCCGAGAAAUUGUUGCGCUGGGCUGUGAUGAAGAUAAAGAGAUCUGAGGACCUGUAG